CUUCUAACCCUAUGCAAACACCAUGAGUUCGUUGGCGGGAGGUCCUCCUUGGGGUUAGGUUCUGGACCAUUAAACAAAUGGAACCUACAGUGGAAUUUGCACAAGUCCUUCACCAGCGUGUGAGGCUGCGAGUGGACCCUGCGCGGGGCGUGCUGCAGGGAGUUACGGAGCUUUACAUUCGGCCGGGAAAGCAGCGGGUUGUCGCAUUGCAUGCACGAAACUUGGUUAUUGACGAAGUCAGAGUCGGCUCCUGUGUUGUGAAAGCACAGCGCUUGCAACAUCACAAACAGAGAAGCGUAGACGACUCCACAAAAUACAGCACCCAGGACUAUGCUGACUACGUCGCCGACGAUUACCGGUCCGCCCUCAAAGCGGAGCGGAUGCAAGGCGACCUUGCGAUCCCGCUGGACGCUUACUAUUCAGCACAAAACGACGCAGUCGCUGGCUUCGGCGCCGCCGCCGCUGCUGCCAACGGCACCGCCACCACCGCCGCCGCCGGUCCCGACCCCACCACCCGCCCAGCCCCCUCUCCUCCACCCCAGCCCUCGCCCCCCUCCCACGCCCCCGACUUCUCCCACUGCUCCGAAUCCUUCCGCGCGCACCUCCUGCACGACCCCCUCCUCGCGUCCUCCAUAAAACUCACCAUCCGCUACCGCAAGCUCGGACCCGAUGCUGCCGUACGCUACAUGCGCCUCGACCCCCCCUCCACCUCCAGCCCAGACCCCCACACCUCCCCUUCCUCCAGCACGGGCUCCUGCCGGACCGCCAGCGUCAUCCCAUCUGGGUCGGCGGGCAUCAUGACCACGGACACGCAGUUCAACCGCGCUCGUGCGCUGGUCCCCUGCGUGGACUUGCCGGGUGCGCUGUGCACGUGGGAGGUGGCGGUGGAGGCGGGGCUGCAGGACGUGGCGGUGUGCAGCGGGGCGCUGGUGGGGCAGCGGUUGCUGGUGGGAUGCCCGGAGCAGCAGCAGCAGGGGGAGGAGCGGGAGGGGGAGAGGCGGCAGCAGCAGCAGGGGCAGCUGGAGGGUCGGAGGGAGGAGCGGAGGCAAGAGGAGCCGGAAGGAAAGGAGGGAAAGGAGCAGCAGCAGCAGGAAAGGAAAGAGAGUGGUGGUGGCGGUAGGGAGGAUGGGGCCGCAGCUGCUAUGGCUGCUGGCGCAGCUGCUGCUAUAAAAGCGGUGGAGGGAGCUGCAGGCGGCCCUGAUGCGAUGGACGUGGACUCGGUGCCCCCAGCAGCGGAAGCCACCACCGCCACGCCUGCAGCACCAGCACCCGCCGUGCCUGACAGCGCAGCCUCAGCCCUCCCUCCUGCUGCAGGGCACAACAACAGCAGCAGCGGCACCGGGGCUGCUGCUGCCGCAGACAAGGACAACAACCCCCACCUCAGCGACGACCCCAUGCAGCUCGACGGCUCCUCCACACACCUCCCCCCCACAGCACCCCCUGCUGCCCCCCGCACGCCCACCCGCACCCCGCUCCCACCCCCCAGCUCCGCCCCCCGCCCCACCACCACCCUCCGCCCGCCCGCUCCCCAGCCCCCCCGCCCCUACGCCAAGGUGUGGUACUACGAGCAGGCUGCAGCGGUGGCGGCGGGGCAGCUGCAUGUGACGGUGGGGCCGCUGGCGGUGGUGCCGCAGUACCAGGGCUCCACCAACCAGCUGGUGGAGUCCUUCCUGAAGCAGCAGCAGCAGGGCGGGCCGCCCAUGCAGGGGGGGCAGGGGCAGCAGCAGCAGCAGCCUGAGGCCGCCACCAUCAUCACCCACUUUGGGUUGCCGGGGUGGUUGGACCUGCUGGUCGCCUCCAGCCGCUUCUUCUACCUGCCGUUCAAGGAGCUGCAGAUCGCCUCCACCGUCAACUUCCCGCUGCCGCAGCUGCAGUGCGUGUGGGUGCCCUCGCAGCUGGCCAGCAGUGCGGUGCAGGUGGCGGCGGGGGUGAUUGUGGUGAGCAGCGAGCUGCUGCACAGCGACCGCUGCGUGGAGGACGCCCUGGAGGCGCGCAUCGCCCUGGUGGAGGGGCUGGCGCGGCAGUGGUUCGGAGUGGUGCUGCAGCCGGGCUCCUCCUCUGACGUGUGGCUGGUGGAGGGUCUGGCGGGGCUGAUGGCCGACCACUUCCUGCGCGCCUGGCUGGGGCAGAACGAGGUGGCGUACAGGCGCUUCAAGGAGCGCGAGGCGGUGCUGGCGGGGGACGACGGGCAGCUGCCGCCGCUGUGUCCGCAGAACCAGUACGACUACAGCGAUGACGGCAUGCUGGGGGGAGGGGGGGAGGCGGGAGGGGGAGGUGGUGGGAUGGGGGGUGCGGGGCAGCAGCAGCGGAGGAGGAGGAAGGACCCGCUGAGUCAGAUGUACGGCAGCGAGCUGCUGGACCCCUCCCCCCUGCGGCGCUGGAAGGCGGUGGCGGUGUGUCGCAUGCUGGAGCGGCGCACCGGGGAGGACGCGUUCAGGAACAUAGUGCAGGCCCUCUGCCGCGCCGCCGCCACCUCCCUCCGCUCCCCGAGCCCCUCCCGCGGCUCUUCCGACCGACUGCUCUCCACGCGACGGUUCAUCUCCGAGUGCGGCGCGGCGGCGGGGCUCAGCAAGGACGUGGCGGCGUGGGCGGAGCGGUGGGUGUACGGCAGGGGGUGUCCGCGCCUAACCGCCGGCUUCACGUUUGUACGGCGGAGCAACACGCUUGUGGUGGCGAUCAAGCAGGAGGGCGGGCCGGAGGUAGCGGCGGCGGCCCGGAAUGCGAGUGCGCAGAGGAGCAAGAGCGAGACGGCGGGGAGGGGGGUCAAGGUAGCUGUGUACGACCACGAGGGUGCCGUACAGGAGGUGGUGGUGGAGCGCAUGGAGGCGCACGUGGACGCUGUCGUACACGAGAUCGAGAUCUCCUCGAAACCCGGACACCGCGGCCGUCGCAAGCGGGG